CCUUGUGGCCACCAGGCAAGCCCAUCUGUUGAUGCUUCUGCUGGCGCUGAUGGGUGUCCAGGAGAAUCAGGCAUCCAGAGCCUGUGGACAGCCUCCCAUCAGCCUCAACCGGAUUGUGAAGGGACAGGACACAGUGCCGGGCGAGUUUCCCUGGCAGAUCAGCUUACAGCUGAACAAGAGGCAUGUGUGCGGGGGGUCCCUCAUCUCGGACGAGUGGGUUGUAACUGCAGCACACUGCUUUUAUCAGUUUAGGGAUCUGUCCCAGUACCGCGUCCUCCUGGGGGUCAACCAGUUAUCCAAUCCCGGCCCACAGGCAUGUUGCUUGGAAGUGAAGCAGGUCAUCGUCAACCCGAUGUAUGCCGGCCAGACGACCAGCGGGGACAUUGCCCUCGUGCAGCUGUCAAAGAGGGUCCGCUAUUCAGACCUGAUCUUGCCCAUCUGCCUGCCGGAUGCCUCUGUGAAGUUUCCCCCAGGCAAACUGUGCUGGGUCACUGGCUGGGGCAACUUGCGCAAUUCAGUUGACCUUCCCUCCCCACAAACCCUCCAGAAGUUGCAGGUGCCCAUCAUUGACUCCCAGACAUGCAGCGAACUCUACCGAACCAACAUGGGUGAUGGCCUGCCUCCACGGAUGAUCAAGGAUGAUAUGAUCUGUGCUGGGUAUGCUGAGGGCCGGAGAGAUGCCUGCAAGGGCGACUCUGGAGGUCCCAUGGUGUGUUUUGUUGGUCAUUCCUGGGUCUUGGCCGGCAUUGUCAGCUGGGGUGAAGGAUGUGCUAUCAAGAACCGUCCUGGUGUGUACAGUCGACUUACCUACUUUCAACCCUGGAUCCACAGCCACGUCCCAGAUAUCAAAUUUCUCAAAGACCCGAAUGGCCGUGAAUUACGGGACUGGCGAUCGGAUACCAGAGGCCAAAAGGGUCCCGGAGUUCACUUAUCCAGCCAUGCUUCCUCCCUCAUUGCCAACUUUUUGAUGUUAUUGGUGUGUCUGCUGAUUCUUAUGUAACCAAGAGACAGACGAAAGUGUCCUUUUCCUAACCAUGCAGUUAUAGAACACCGUUAAAGACACUGUUGACCUUCUGCAGACCUCCCUGGACUGAAU